GAUGGAUCUACAGAUCUCAGUUUUUCUUCUGUUCGUUCUUUUCACUGCAGGGCACUCUCUCAGAUGUUAUGAGUGUUUGGGUCUGAUGGGUUCCUGUGCAAAUCAAAAUGUGACAACGUGCCCCAGUGGAUCUUCCAAGUGCAUGAGUAUAACAACAGUGACAGAACUUGGUCCCAUUAAGCUGAGCAGUACAACUAAGCUGUGUACACCUACAUGUGAAGCUGGGACCCAACAGAUCCCGACUGGGUCAAUAACUUCCCACUACUGUGACACUGACCUCUGCAAUGCAGCAGAUGGUGUGUAUAAGGGAAGCUUCCUCCUGCUGUUGUCUCCUCUGCUCUUCUACUUCCUGUUUCAUUGAGUCCAGCUGCACUUCAGAUUCUACAGCUGCAGCAGAAACUGAAUGUCACACACGUUUCUAUUCAUACUUUACUGAAUGAAGUGUGCAUGUUG